AUCCAAUAUGGCUACCGACGUAAACAAACUUCGGUGCAUUUUCUUCAGUGAAUUUCAUCCUAUUACCGGCCCUAAAGUCACGUUUCAGGCGCCAGAAGAUUUCAUAACCAAAGAACUUUUUGAUCAACUUCACGUGUACAUCAUAACCAAAUCCGAACUCAAUAACAAGUUGAUAACUAUAAAUGCACAUUCUUACAAAAUAAUAGGAUGCCCAAUCGGAAUUGAGGAUGAUAAAUACUCGCGCAAUGUUCUUCACUUUAAUUUAGCAUUUGUUCUAGAUAUUACAAGCAGUACAAAACCUUACCAGCCAUUGGUCAAGAAACUCGCUGGUUAUUUAACUACAUUAGAGUUAGAAUGUGGGUUUCUGUCAAAUGAGGAGAGUAAAGCAUUGUUACCAGAUAUAAUGAAACAAUUAUUAUCCAACCUUAAUGAACAUGGCAAAUGUUCAAUACCUAUAAAUGAUUCAAACACAAUCCAUUUGAAGAUCGUCCCUCCAAUGCGUGAUCCUCCUCCAGUCUUUGAACACCAAGUGCCGAUGUUCCUCAAAGACAAAUCUUCCUAUGACUUCAAUGAUUGGGAUCUCACUACACAGCAGAUCUUACCAUAUAUUGAUGGUAUCAACCAUGUUCAGAGGAUAGCAGUUGAGGCUGAUGUUGAUCUAAAUUUAGUGAAAACCUGUCUUCAAAAUUUAUUAUAUUAUGGAGUUAUAACUACAGUACCUAUUUUUCAACAAGGGCAUAACGAGAUGCCUGCACCACCACCCACAUUUCGGUCUGUGUUCAAAUUGUACUGUGGACUGCGACCUGCUACUACCGUUAAGGACCUGUGCGCCAGAUAUGACCCAAGAUCUCUAAGAAUCAAUGAAAGGCAUUUGAUUCAGUUUGGUGUGAUGAAAGGACUGUUGAGGAGAUUACAAAAGUAUCCAGUAAAGAUCGUCAAUGACCCUGCACAACAGACACAUGAUAUUCACAAGUACAUGACAGGCCAGUUCAACUUUGAUGAAAUUUGUUGUAAAACUAAGAAAAGUAGCCGAGAGUUGGAUGAGAUUGUAAACCAGGAGGAUCAGAUAGUUGUGUGCUGGAAGUGAACAGAAACACAAAUUAACUGCAUAUACGUAAGACCUGCAGGUGGCCCCAAGACGUGAUAUGAUCCAGCACUAACUGGAUUGGCAAGGGUCGCAAGUCUCCCGCAUGUCGCGGGAGUCUACCGGAAAUCGAGACAGCCUCCUGAAAACAUGCACGAAUCUCCCGGAACAUGACCCAUCUUUCGCAAAAUUCAUGAUAUUUGCUCGUUUUUACUAUUUUUAUUUAUCAAUUGUCUCACAGAAAUCGGUGACGAUGGGUAUCGGCAUGCACAGAAAAAUAAAAUUAGAUGUGUUAAGAAAGCUCAUUUAACCAGUAUUCCCGAAAGUGACGUCUUCCAUCUUGUGACCCCUGGAUUGGAAAAUGAAUCAUGUGCACAAGGGACAUUGAUUCCUAAUUUUAAAAACUUUAGUGCUGUGCUACGGAAAAUUGCUUGCAGUUAAUUUUUCUGCUAUAUAUAACAUCUUCACAGGUGAUUGAUUGAUUGAAUGAUUGAUUGAUUAAGUGGUUGAAUGAUGGAUCAGUUGAUUUUUUAUUUUGAUUUUGAUUUAU